AUGCCAUGCGUGCAGACGCAGGGCAGCGGCUCUCCUCAAGGAGCCAGCCCGGCGUGUCAGAGCGCGGCCGGAGAGCGCGGCUGUGACUUCCUCACCCCGGAGUUUGUCAAGUUCAGCAUGGACCUCGCCAACAGUGAAAUAUCGGCUCCAGCAUCGGGCGCUGAAGCCUACAGCUGUGGCUACGAUGUGAAGACUCAGUGUCUCUUUCAAAUGCCGCCCCACGGCGAGCUGUCACGCGUCAAGACGGAGGAUGUGCGGAGAUGCCCCGUACGUUUUCAACUGAAUCAGCACCAUCAACACCUGCAGCCAUCCGAUAUGCUCUCCUCCACGAGUUCCGUUUACUAUUACCAGUCUCCAUCCUCCAGCGCGCACAUCACGCCCAACUUUCAAACUCCGCCGGGACCAGCAAUGUGGGAGAGCUCUGGUUCUCUGUUCCCCCAAGACUAUUUGGUGGCGGCGCAGAGGAAAAACGCCUUAUCCAGGUUCUCCCUCUUUUCCGUGAAACAUACGCACGAGGGCAAUCAAAACUUUUCCAACUGCAGUCAAGUGAAAUUUGACCGAGCUUUCCACGUGUCCACCAACGUGGACCAAGCAUUGGAGUCUUGCGGUCUUCUUUGCUGUACUGGACUGGGAAAGCAGUCGUGUGCAGGAUUUCACCCUCUCCAGCUCGCCCACAGUCAGCACUUAAUAAACAACCUCAGCCCUCCCACGUCCACCCCGAGCCGAGGACGUCCGAGCGCGGAGGGGCUGUGUGCGGUCUGCGGGGACAACGCAGCCUGCCAGCACUACGGAGUGAGAACCUGCGAGGGCUGUAAAGGAUUCUUCAAGCGCACAGUGCAGAAAAAUGCCAAGUAUGUGUGUUUGGCAGCCAAGAGUUGCCCCGUGGACAAACGCCGAAGGAACCGCUGCCAAUACUGUCGAUUCCAGAAAUGCCUUGCAGUCGGGAUGGUCAAAGAAGUGGUGCGGACAGACAGUCUAAAAGGUCGCAGGGGUCGCCUUCCCUCGAAACCUAAAGCUUUUCUUGAUUCGUCCUCAUUGGUCAGCACGCUGCUGAGCUCCCUCGUCAAAGCCCACAAUGAGUCCAACCCUUCUCCCUCACGGCUCGAUUACUCCAAAUUCAAAGAAGGUCCAGAAAGCCCCCCAGGAGAUGACGCUCAGCACGUGCGUCAGUUUUACGACCUUCUGACCAGAUCAAUGGAGGUGAUUGGGACAUGGGCACUGAAGAUACCGGGAUUUGUCUCUCUGCCCAAACAUGACCAAGACCUGCUUUUCUACUCAGCGUUCUUGGAGCUCUUUGUGUUACGUCUGUCGUACAGAUCUAACCCCGAUGAAGGCAAGCUGAUAUUCUGCGAUGGUUCUGUGUGGCACCGCCUCCAAUGUCUGCGGGGUUUCGGCGAGUGGAUUGACAGCAUUGUUGAGUUCUCCACUAACCUGCAUAGGAUGAAUCUGGACAUCUCCACCUUCUCCUGCAUAUGUGCUCUCACCUUGGUCACCGAGCGUCAUGGACUAACGGAACCGAGGAAGGUGGUCGAGCUCCAGAACAGCAUUGUGAAAUGUUUAAAGGAUGGCAGCACAUACGCUGACCGAGACUUGAACACGUGGUCAAGUCAUUUGUUCAGAUUGGUGGAAAAGCUUCCUGAAAUUCGCACUCUGUGCAUUCAAGGCCUGCAGAGGAUUUUUUAUUUAAAGCUGGAGGAUCUGGUGGCACCACCUGCUAUAAUAGACAAGUUAUUCCUCGACACGUUGCCCUUUUGA